AUGGUCCCACUCCUGGGAGUGCUGCUCCUGUUGCUGGUGCUCCUCUCCUCCUGGAGACUUGCAAAGGGGAAAGCAGAGCCCAGGCCCAAGUACCCCAGGAGCCUGCCUUCCCUGCCCAUCAUUGGGAGCCUGCUGCACCUGACCGGUAACUGCCAGUUCCAUCUCCUCUUACACCGCCUGCAGAAGAAAUACGGCAGCCUCUACUCCCUGCAGAUGGGCUCCCAGUACAUGGUGGUGGUGAACCACUACCUGCAUGCCAAGGAGGUGCUGCUGAAGAAGGGAAAGACCUUCGCCGGCCGGCCCCACACAGUGACCACGGACAUUCUGACCAGGAACGGCAAAGACAUCGCCUUCGCCACCUACAGCCCACACUGGAAAUUCCUGCGCAAGCAGGUCCACGCGUCACUCUCCAUGUUUGGAAAAGGGACGCUGGCCUUGGAGAAAAUCAUCUGUCGGGAAGCUGCCUCCUUGUGCGAGUCUCUCAGCAGUUUUCAGGACGCCCUCCUGGACAUGGCCCCGGAGCUCAACCGAGCUGUUACCAAUGUGGUGUGCUCGCUGUGCUUCAACUCCUGCUACAGGCGAGGGGACCCCGAGUUUGAGGCCAUGCUGCAGUAUAAUGAAGGCAUCGUGAACACGGUGGGCCAAAAGAGCCUGGUGGACAUCUUCCCCUGGCUGCAGGUUUUUCCCAACAAGGACCUGGCGUUGCUGAGGAGUUGCAUCGAGGUCAGAGACCAGCUGCUGCAGAAGAAGUUCAAGGAACACAAGAAAGCGCUGGGCAGUGACUCGGUCAAUGACCUGAUGGAUGCCCUGCUGCGCGUCCAGCUCAACAUGGAGAACAACAACAGCCAGCUGGCCCUGCCGCUGGAGCUGACAGACGACCAUAUCCUCAUGACCGUGGCCGACAUCUUCGGGGCGGGCGUCGAGACCACCAGCACCGUGCUCAAGUGGGCUGUGCUCUACCUGCUUCACUACCCGGAGGUGCAGAGAAAGAUCCGGGAGGAACUGGAUCAGAAGAUCGGCUUCGAGAGACACCCCCAGCUCAGCGACAGGCAGCAGCUACCCUACCUGGAGGCCACUAUCAGCGAGGUCCUGCGCAUCCGGCCUGUCUCCCCUCUGCUGCUCCCACAUGUGGCCCUUACGGACACCAGCAUUGGGGAAUACACCAUCCGAAAGGGAGCCCAGGUCCUCGUCAACCUCUGGUCCCUUCACCACGACGAGAAGGAAUGGGACAAGCCAGAGGAGUUUAACCCAGGUCGCUUCUUGGAUGAGGAGGGCAAUCGGAUCUACUCGCCCUCGCCCAGCUACCUGCCCUUCGGAGCCGGGAGCCGGGUGUGCUUGGGCGAAGCCCUCGCUAAGAUGGAGAUCUUCCUCUUCCUGGCCUGGAUCCUGCAGAGGUUCACCCUGGAGGUCCUCCCGGGCCAGCCGCUGCCUGCGCUGGAGGGCAAGUUCGGUGUGGUGCUCCAAGUGCAGCAGUUCAAGGUGAUGGCCAGGCUGCGGGCAGCCUGGCGGGAUGGCGUGUAGAGCUGCCCGCACCAUGGACCCAGCCAGCCGCUCCAGGGACACAGCAUGGGAGGCAGCUGCACAGGGCAGGUCUCUAUCC